AUGAUCAUCAGUCGGAUUAAUUUAAGUUCAUUGGUGCUCAUCAGUUUUUUCAUUAUUUUCAAUGUUGAUCAAGGAUUGUCAUUGAAGUGUUAUCAAUGCACUUCUCUCAGCAAUGAAACAUGUUGGACUGAACCUACAAAAACUGAUUUAAUGGACUGCAGAGAAGAUACUAGUACCACAACACCAUUAAAUAAUGAAACAACUAUUGUUACUACACCUCCAACGACAGUGACAACUGUGCCUCCUUCCCCAACGACAGUAAUUACAACUGCGCCUCCUUCCUCCGCGACAGUAGUUACAACUGCAGCUCCAUCAGGAAAUUCUACAGGAAAUUCAAGUGCAGCUACUUCAUCAGAUGCCCUUUAUAAACGACUAAGACGUUUUGUAGACACUCGUGCUGAUGAAACUUGGGAGUGUGUCAAACUAGUAAGCAAAGAAGGAGACGUAGAAACAAUCACCAGACAAUGUGCAAAGAAGAGUGUAUCAUAUUGCAACGGAAAAGAUGAAAACUCUUGUUUUGUCUGCAGCGACAAGGAUGGAUGUAAUUCUGCUUCGAGUAUUGGAUUACAGUUAGUUUCUAUGGUUUUGCCUGUAGCCGUAGCACUGUUCUUAGCACGAUAA